GAAUUUUGGAACACAGCUGUAAUAUCUGACAGAUGCAAACACACAAAUGUCAAAAAUAAGGGAACGCAACAGGAUGUUUUGUUCGAACGAAAGUGUGCUCGAAUAAAAUGGACGAAACAUGGAUGUGAUUAGGGAACAUUUACUCGUACCAGCAAAAUAUAUGAUACUGACAGAUGGAAGAAUUAGUCUGACAGUUCAUAGGAAUUGGCUUGCUCGAUUACUAAUAAUCGGUCCGUUUGCAUUUAUUAAUCACGAUCGGCUGUCCAGCGAUGAAAUCGCGGCGCAACCCACUCUCGAUGAAUUGGGCUGCGAGUGGCUCAGAAUUUAUGCAAAAGUAUAUGUAAAGCAGCACAAACAUGCGAUUCCACUACCAAGAGGAAGACCUCCUAGUAGCGUAAAGAAUCAGGCGGAAUUAAUGUUUUCGCAAUUACUGCAUUAUGUAGCUGAAACCAAUUAUCGGAACCUAUGGAAAGAAUCGUACAAAAAAUAUUACAAUCCCUGGAAUUUUGUUGAACAACGAGAACAGUCUAAUAUUACCGCUAAUGUGAGCGAUACUGCCAUUAUGCAUGAAGUAAUAAAUAGAAUGUAUAGCUGUACUUUGAUACAAGUGCAACAUGGUACCGUUUUAUCAGUGUCAAAUGGAACGUUGUCCGAAACACAUUGCAAUUUAGUCCCAAUUCAUUUUGUUGUAGAAACAACAUCUGCUUUUAUAAUGUUUUAUGAGCAAACUGCCAAUUAUUCACUUCGCGAAUGUGUAAUGUACAGUCCAGCUGCUCUCAAUACCAGUCACGGAAAAGCAUUGUUUAUAGUUUAUCAAUUGCUGAGAUUAUCCAGAGAUUUGCACGAUCUUGGUCUUGCGUUAGGCGAAAUUACGCUCAGUGAUAUAUUAGUCACAGAAAAUUUUACUAUUCAGGUAUUGCCAAAAUUAAGCGAUAAUAUUUAUCUGAAGCCUGAAGAUGAGUGUAGUAAAGAGAAAAGUCCAACUAAUGACGUUAUCUGCAUCGAUAAAAAAAAUAGUGUAUCUCGGUUGAAUAAUAAAGAUUUUGGUUUAAAUGAAAGUAUUGAGAAAUUAUGCGAGAUGUGGAUCUACAACUGUAUUAGCAAUUUUGAUUACUUAACUGCGUUGAAUAAUUUAGCCGGUAGAAGAUACGGCGAUCCUAGUUGUCAUCACGUUAUGCCUUGGGUAACAGAUUUUACAUCGAGAAAUGGUGGAAACUGGAGAGAUCUAACAAAGUCGAAAUUUCGGUUGAAUAAAGGAGACAGACAAUUGGACCUGACAUUUGAUUCGCAGUCAACUGAGGUUGGACAUCACGUCUCGGAUGUUUUAUCGGAAAUUACGUAUUACGUGUAUCUUUCACGUCGAUAUAAUAAAUCUGUACUCUGUAAACACGUACGACCUUUAUGGGUGCCUGGAGAAUAUCCAGCUUCGAUUCAGAGAUUAUACGAUUGGAGUCCUGACGAAUGUAUACCACAGUUUUUUACUGAUCCUAAUGUAUUUAAGUCUAUUCACGAAGAUUUGCCAGAUUUAGAAAUUCCAGCGUGGGCAACCUCUCCAGAGGAUUUUAUUGAAAAACAUAGAGAAGCAUUGGAAAGUUUUCAUGUUUCGGAGAGAUUACAUCACUGGAUAGAUUUGACUUUUGGUUACAAAUUGUCCGGUUCCGCCGCGGUAAAAUCGAAAAAUGUUUGUCUACAGUUAGUUGACAAUCACACUGACUUGACUCAUUCUGGAGUUGUACAACUUUUUACACAACCGCAUCCACAAAAAAUAAUUCCAUCUCCAUAUUGGGGUAAAGUGCCACCUCGUCUACGAUCCGUGAACAAAGCUAAGAAUGACCAAGUGAUUAGAAUUAGCGACGAUGAAGAUCACAGUUCUGGCGUCGAGGAAGAAGAAUUGCAACCGGUGACGGCAGCUACGGCAUCGAGGUCAUCACCUCUCGUACUGAGUCGCCUGUUGAGUCGUUCCAGAGGUUCUUUGCUUUCAGAGGAUAAUGUUAAAUCGGAUAAGUCCGUUAAUCAACCUAUUGUUCUUCCAAAAGAUUUCAAUCCCGUUGCGGCGAUCGUGCAAGUAGAAACUAUGCACGCUUUCAUGAACAAAGUCAAUCAUCGAGUUUACAAACCCUCAUUAGCGUCGCACGAUUUGUCCACCAAUUACAAACAAAUUGUAGCUAGUGGACGUAUCAAAGAACAACAAAUACUUGGUUGUCUGAUAGUAGAGAUAUUUCUAGCUGGCAAGUUUCGCGCUACAUGGAAUGUUGAAAGAAUGUCGUUCGCGCAAAGACUCGUUACGUGUUUAAAUACCUUGAAAACAUCAGCGGAUCAUUUACCGAAAUGUAUACGAAACAUUGUGACUUUGUUACUACAGACGGACAUUGUACCAAAGAGUUACAACACCAAUGACAUUUCAACGGUAAAUGAGAUACCAUUUCGUUAUCCAACGAUAACGUACAUGGGUCUUCCACCACCAUCCGCGCAUCAGUUUCUUCAACCGAUAUUAUCUGGCAGUUUAUUUCCGUUCUCCAAAUAUUAUCGAUACUUAUAUAACAUUGUAGAAAUGUUGCAAGAAUAUAACGGCUUGAUACGGGAGUUGAAUUCUAUCAUAAAGACUGAGGAUGAUGUGGAUUUUGUAAUUAAAACAAAAACCAAGUAUUUGUGUAAAAUCAGUGAAUGUAAAGUAAAAGCAAUCGCGAGGGAACUGGAACGAUUGUUACCUUACACCGGCGGAGCUAAAGAAGCUACUUUGCAAUUAAUAGUUCCUCACAUAGUACAAAUUAUGGAAGAACCUUAUAGCGCGGUAUUGGCGGUAUGGCAUCUCUUUGAUCCUAUCGCAAAAACAUUGGGACCAAAAGAUACGGCCGAUACGUUUCUCUCGUCUAUUAUAAAAUUGUACGAGAAUGGUUCUAUUAUGGAUACCGCAUUGUACACUGAUAUAUUAAGUGCGGGAAUACUGGCCAAGUUUCGAACCACCCGAUUGUAUCACAGAACUUUUCUACUGAAAUUGAUGGUCAGGCUAGGGUUACGAAGAUUUUUAGAGUAUUUUGUAAACCCUUUGGUAGAAGCGGUAGGAGGAUACAAAGAUUAUGUACAGGGUUCGCUCGGUACAUGCAGAACUGGGAAUCUCAAAAGCUGCGAUUUAAGUGGGCCGUGCAGUGACGGGGAAGGUAUUUUAUCUCCGUUGGAUGAAGAUUCAUUUGCGGACACUGAACACAACGUUGCUUCAUUUUCUGAACCAACGACCAACGAGCGUACAUCUGAUAUGACAACCGAUAAUAAUGUUGAAGAAGUAUUUGCCAUGGAAACUGAAGAUAAUUCAUGCAUUUCUUUAAAUAAUACCUGUACGCCAUAUGAUAUCGAAUUACCGAUAGAUCUUAACAUCAACGACGAGUUGAUUGACGAUGGAAAUAAACAUUCGCCUAGUGAUUCGGCGAAAUCGCCAACAAUUCCAAUACCAAAACAAUCAAGUACAGUCAUUGGAGCUAAAUCAGUAACCGAGUUUAGUAGCAUCGGUUGUAACGUCGGUAGUAAAACGUCCAGUGAGGAUUUCGCUUACAUUGGUGUGUACACCGCGAAUAUUCAAGCUGGUAGUAAUCUUUCUGAAAAUAUAUGUUCUGCGGAAACGAAAGAAGACGAUUCUGCUACGAGCGAGCUUGAUCACGCGUACGAUGUUAUCAAAUAUGAGGAGGAUCAAUUGGAUCCUAUCUAUCGAAGAUCUGUUCCGAGCGAAUGCACCAUUUCUGAGAUGAGUGCGCAAUCUGUUAUUUGGCUGUCCCACAGACUCGGUCCGGUGCUCACAGCGCGACACUUGUCGCGAAAUCUUUUACGAAUGCUCACGCUGUGUUACGCUGGGAAAGAAAAUUUAACACCGAUUGAUAAAAAUAAUUUUGCGUCUUUUGAAGAUAUUACAAAACCGAUAUUAGCUGGUGAUCAAAAUGCCGUUAAAGUUUUAGAAUGUCUCACCACUAUUGCCGGAUUAUACGGAGAACAGAUUAUACUGCUACAAUAUUUUGCACAUAUGGUCGAAUUGUUGGCAUUGUGCAAGAGAAAGCUGACGCAGAAUUUAGAAGGAGGUCUAGUCUCGUGUUUGGCUUUAUUGAAUCACAUCACAGCGUAUCUUAGCGAUUCUACCGUGAUGGAUGUACUUCAUGAACCGAUAGUGAAAUCUAUACUGCAUCCCACGGUACGCAUAUUGUCAACCGCGAGAUUUACAUUUCCAAACGGAGCUCUCGCGCGCAUUGCCUUGGCUGAAAAAUGCUUGGAAGCGAUGUUCACUCUUGGCUCACGACUGGGCAGUGUAAUUACGAAAAAUCAUCUAAUAGUGCCAAUUCAACGUUUUUUUCUUGCCUUUGACAAGGUUUUCAGUAAAAGUUCAAGUACCGAAGGUCCGUCGGAUAAAUUUGAACAAAAAACAACUUGCGACCAUUUUGCACGGAUGAAAGCUGAAGGUGGAUCUGAAAUCUAUGUAUGGAAUAAACUUGAUACAGAUGUUGCAGAUUCGUACUCUCCUCCAGUUUUAGAAAAUAGUGACAUAUCGAAUUUGCAAAAAAAUAAAGCGUUCGAAGAAUUACAAGCUGUGUUCACCGCUGAGUUUGCUCACAAAGCAUAUAUGCUUUUUUAUAGAUGUGUUGACAAUGAGGUAAUGGAACAAAUACUGAAAAAUCAUGAGCACAUACAGCAACUGUGUCGUAAUUACGAGCAAGAAAGAGAUACAAUUUUGCUGAAUACAGAUAAUGUGGAAAAGUACAGCGUAUUGGAUCGCGAGGAAACUGUAGACCCGGUUGACAAAGGUGUUUGUAGUUUCGGGAAUAUCUCUGUGAUAGGAAAUAGAUUCGAAAUACAAACAGAUGACUCUAGAUCUCAAUCGGCGGCAACAGAGACUAGCGGAAAUCGCACCGAAGCUUCAGCAACCGCUGGCAGACAGUUACGCGGUAAUUGGCUGGCCUAUUGGGAGCAUGAGAUCGGAAGACCGGAAAAAGAUACUGUACUCGAUAUAAAGCAAAUAAAGCUCCAAACUUUCAGUGGCCAUGCGAACAGUAUAAGAUGUCUUUAUGUAUUAGACAAUGAAAACAGCUUUAUAAGCGGUGGUAGAGACAAAACUGUGAAAUUAUGGAGUUUACGAAGCCAGGGUGAUGGGAGUACAAUUUCAUCAUGUCAAUACACGUAUACCGGACACAAAAAGUCGAUUCUUUCGCUUACAUUCCUAGAGUCUUUACGAUACGCGGUGACAUGCGAUGGUACUGUUCAUUGUUGGGAUCCUUUCAUGGGUUCGCUUCUCGGGUGUCCGGAGAGCAGUCGUCCUGCUCCUGUAAACACAUUAGCUCCGAGUCCUUCCCCGUCUACAACUCUUCUCGUUGGGACAACAGAUAUUACCGUUCGAGUUAUUGACUGUCGAACAUUCCAGUACGUUAAUGAAAUGAAAGUUUCUAUGAACCCAACUGGCUUGAUUAGAUGUAUCGCAGUGUCGCGUAGCGGUAAUUGGGUUGUUUUGGGACAAGCAUCAGGCUUUUUGACGAUACUAGACACUCGUACCGGCCUGAUUAUUGCUUCUUGGAAAGGACACGAGUGCGAGAUACUGCAGUUGGAAGUCAUAAAUGAAACUACUAUAGUUAGCUCAUCGUUAGACCAAACUAUUGCUGUGUGGAGUGCAAUAGACGGAAAACUGAAAUUUCACAUCAAGGGUGCUACAGAACCUGUUCAUUGCAUGGCAACGUACGAACAAGAAUUAGUCAUAGGAACAACAGCGAAUCGGAUUGGCGUGUACACUGCUGUAGAUGUGGCUGCUUCAUUCUCUUCAUCUAAAUUAAAAUCUGAUGCUUUCAAAGGUGUUCUUACCGCCAUGGCUGUCCUUCCUCUUAAUCGACUGCUAUUGUUAGGCGCUGACAGUGGUGGAAUAACAUUGAUGUGUUGAGAAAAAGAAAGCGUAUGUUUCAGAUGUACCAUUCAAUAUAGCUGAUCUUCCGGUUCGUCGGCCGUCGAUUCAGGACCUUCAUCCCGAGAAAGAUAUUUUA